CAGACGCUGGACACAUGUAUUGUCAGUCCACGCCUUCUUCAUCUCAACAGUGCUGUGUCCCCACUCACCUCACACAGACAGACACAAACUGCUAACUGACAAGGAUUUUCCAUGGCAAGAGUCUCUCCCCAUACAUACUUUGCCCUUCUUCUUCUGUUGCUUCAUUUCCUGACUGUAUCACUUGCCAUACAAGAUGACCUUGUAAUCAAUACCAGGCAUGGCAAAGUCCAAGGGAAGUUGCUUUCAGUGCUGGGUGGUGAUGUUAGAGCCUUUCUUGGAAUUCCUUAUGGAAAACCACCUAUAGGGAAGCUGAGAUUCAGAGCUCCAGAGCCAGCAGAGAAAUGGGAGGGGGUGAAGGAUGCCACAAAAUUCUCAAAUUCCUGCUACCAGUUGCUAGAUACCACCUUUCCAGGAUUUCCGGGCACGGAGAUGUGGAACCCAAACACUCCUCUGAGUGAGGACUGUCUAUAUCUAAACAUCUGGUCCCCACGUCUCAACAAAACCCAUCCUCAGCCCUCACCAUUGGCUCCUGUCCUUGUCUGGAUCUAUGGAGGCGGGUUCAUUCAAGGAACAUCCUCUCUGGAUAUUUAUGAUGGCCGCUUUCUGAGUAAAUCUGAAGGGGUUGUUGUGGUAUCAAUGAAUUACAGAGUUGGAGCUUUUGGUUUCCUGUCUCUUCCUGAUAACAAGAACAUCAGGGGCAAUGCAGGACUGCUGGACCAGCGCUUGGCUCUCCAAUGGGUAGCCAGUAAUAUUGCUGCUUUUGGAGGCGAUGCUUCAAAGGUGACUCUGUUUGGGGAGAGUGCAGGGUCAGCAUCUGUAGGCUUCCACCUGCUCUCCCCAGGCAGUCAUGAUCUUUUUCAAAGGGCUAUCAUGCAGAGUGGCUCUCCUAAUGCACCCUGGGCCACAAUCAGCCAGACUGUUGCCUGGGACAGGUCCAUGAUGCUGGCAACACUACUGAAAUGUCCCAAGUCUCAUCCAAACCAUGUGGAGGCUUGUCUGCAGAAGGCUGAUGCUGGAAAAAUCACAUCUAAGCAAUAUGAUGUUCUCAAGCAGCCUACAUUCUUAGCCACCCCCUUUGUUCCUCAUGUUGAUGGGGACUUCCUACCAGAUAAACCUGAAGUGUUGCUGCGUACGGGUAAACUCCCAAAGAAAGAUGUGCUGUUUGGCUUAAACAAGGAUGAAGGGACCUUCUUCCUUCUUUAUGGAAUUCCUGGAUUUAACAUCACUGGUCAGAGUCUCAUCAGCAGAAAUGAAUAUCUGCAAGGGGUGGCCAUUACAAUGGCGGAUGCCAGUGAUGUCGCAAGAGAAGCAACGAUUUUCCAGUACACAGAUUGGACAGAUGAGAACAGCAAAAUGAAAAACCGUGACAUGCUGGGCAGUCUGGUUGGAGAUCAACUGUUCGUUUGUCCUGUGCUUGAGUUCGCUCACAGGUACUCAGAACGGGGUGGCAAGACUUUCCUUUAUUUAUUUGACCACCGGUCGUCCACCAAUCCUUGGCCAGCAUGGAUGGGCGUGAUGCACGGCUAUGAGAUAGAAUUUGUCUUUGGAAUGCCUCUGAAUGUAUCCCUGGGAUACACGAAGAAUGAAGUGAACAUGACCAAGAAGUUUAUGAAACACUGGGGCAACUUUGCACGGACAGGGAAUCCAGGACUUGAUGGAGCUUUGUGGCAUUCGUUCACCGCUGAACAUCAGGAGUAUGUCACUCUGAACUACAACCAUCCGGAAGAAAAGAUGAUGAUGAGGGCUAGAGAGUGUCACCUUUGGAACAAAUUAAUACCAAAGAUACAGAAAGUAUCAGAUGAUCUGCUGACUUGUGUUACUGCAAAUGGGAUGAUACUCCGCUGUAACUACAUGUUCUUUAUCAUUUUACUGGUUAUUACGUUAACCUACCUUGUAGGGUGAAGAGACCUGUCUUCCAUAAAACUUCUUCAAUACAGCCAUAAGCAACAGUUUACAUAAAAAAAAACGUGGGCAGAAACAAUAACCUACAAUAACCAGCAUUAACAAUGAAUGCUUCAUUCAGCUUCAGGCAGCUGUCCACAUGUCAUGACAGCUUUAUGUGUCCCAGCAGGGACAAUUUUAUGGGGUGCUCAAAUCAGAGCUGUAGUUUUGGAGCAAGCAAUACUAUGUGAUUUUUAUUUGCAGGUAGUGUUACUGUACAACACACAACAACCAAAUAUUGGCUAUUGUCACUUCUAAUAACUAGUUAGUUUUUAACUAACAUUUUUUCAUUUGUUUAUGUCUUUCUUUCACUUUCUAGGUGCACUUCUGAAAUUGGUUAGUGAAUACUGUGUAACACAUUUGACUAACAGGCAUGUCAGAAUUUGACUUUCAUAAAAUAAUUUUCAACUUGCAGAAAACACAUUAUUUCCUUGCGGACAAGCAGAAUCAGUGGGGAGCAUUAUUACAUUUUUUGAUUUCUACUCUUGUUUUUAUCAUGUAGCCAUUAAAAUAAAAAAGUGUGCCUUAA